UUGUAUUUCCAUGUUGUGUGUACUGUGGGAGACCAGAUAUAGUGAAUGCAGGGUCCUGGGAAACAGAUAUAGUGAAUGCAGGGAGAGCGAAUAUAGUGAAUGCAGGGUCCGGAUAUAGUGAAUGCAGGGUCCGGGGAGAGCGGAUAUGGUAAAUGCAGGGUCCGGGGAGAGCGGAUAUAGUGAAUGCAGGGUCCAGGGAGAGCGGAUAUGGUGAAUGCAGGGUCCAGGGAGAGCGGAUAUAGUGAAUGCAGGGGUCCGGGGAGAGCGGAUAUAGUGAAUGCAGGGUCCAGGGAGAGCGGAUAUGGUGAAUGCAGGGUCCAGGGAGAGCGGAUAUAGUGAAUGCAGGGAGAGCAGAUAUAGUGAAUGCCGGGUCCGGGGAGA